GGAAGGCGCAAACCAAGCGUGCUUGGUCACAAACCGGGCCGGGCAUCAUUGGGAGAAAGGAAGAAUUGCUGAUUAAUCAACGCUGAAUGAGUUUUCAGAAAUCACCUACUUUAUUAAUUUAUUCCCCAUCGUAGCUAGUACGUGUUCCUGUACACCACAUAAACGAAGGGUUUUGUGACACAGCGCAAUUGUUUAGGUGUCUGAGGUUUGCGCCAGCAUGUCUGUGUCUGUGAUCAUUAAAUGGGGUGGACAGGAGUACUCCAUCAGUACACUCUCUGAAGAGGACACUGUGCUGGACCUCAAGCAGUCUAUCAAGUCCCUGACUGGGGUUCUUCCAGAGAGACAGAAACUCCUAGGAUUAAAAGUCAAAGGUAAACCAGCAGAGGAUGACAUGAAGCUGGGCUCACUGAAGCUCAAACCCAAGACCAAGAUCAUGAUGAUGGGCAGCAGAGAGGAGAGUCUGGAAGACGUUUUAGCACCUCCCCCAGAGAAUGAUGACGUUGUCAAUGACUUUGACAUUGAAGAAGAGGUGAUUGAAGUAGAGAACAGAGAGGAGAACUUGGCCAAGAUAGCCCGCCGUGUCAAAGACUACAAAGUGGAGGAGAUGAACCCACCCAGGGAAGGAAAGAGGCUGCUAGUACUAGAUGUGGACUACACAUUGUUUGAUCACAAGUCAUGUGCAGAGACAGGUCAAGAGCUCAUGAGGCCUUUUCUCCAUGAGUUCUUGACCUCUGCGUUCGAAGACUAUGACAUUGUAAUUUGGUCUGCCACGAGUAUGAAGUGGAUUGAUGCUAAAAUGAAAGAGCUAGGAGUGACAGACAACCCUAACUACAAGAUCACCUUCAUGCUGGACAGUGCAGCCAUGAUCACAGUGCACACACCUAAGAGGGGUGUAGUGGAGGUGAAGCCUCUCGGGGUGAUAUGGGGCAAGUACAGUGAGUUCUACAGCAAGAGGAACACCAUCAUGUUCGACGACAUUGGCAGAAAUUUCCUCAUGAACCCACAGAACGGACUGAAGAUUCGUCCAUUCAUGAAAGCGCACUUAAACCGUGAGAAAGACAAAGAGCUCUUCAAACUGUCUCAGUAUCUUAAAGAGAUUGCCAAACUGGAGGACUUCUCUUUUCUCAACCACAAGCAUUGGGAGAGGUAUCUGUCAAAGAAACAGAGCCAGUGAGAGCAUUGCUGUGGAUAUGUGAAGGGAUGGUCAUUCCUCAACCAGGAACAGUGCUGGACACUGAAGCCCUCACCAAACUACUACUGCCUGUUUCUGACUGGGAGCUGUUUCCCAUUGUAUGGCUUGUUCUUUGAUUUCUGUUCUUCCCCCCUCAUCUCUGAAAUCCUUUGUUAUACUGAAGGUAACAGUUCUGUCACCUAUCCAUAAACCGGGAGACGCACGGUAAGUACUGUACACAUACCGGUACACAGUUUUACAUUCAAUGGUUUUUGUUAGGUUUCAUCCAAUCGCUCUUUCAGAGUAGUGACUCUUAUCAUCUGUAGCUAUAUGAACAUGUUCUAUACUGAUACCGUUGCAUAUUCUCUUUCUCUCCCCCCGGCUCUCCCUUAUGGCACCAUACCAAGUAGAGAUGGGGAAGCUAGCACAGGAACUGACUUUUACUGAGUGCACCUGUCACAGGUAGAGUUGAUCAGACUUAACUAACCAGUGAGGUGGAUUAGGCCUCUAUUUGGAUGAUGUCCAUAUGCUGCUGCUUGUCACAGAGGUCAUUUCAGAAGGAGAGGGAAGAUGUUGUCCAACAGGCAGUUUAGUUUAUGUCAUUGUGUACUGACAUCAGCUAUGCCUGCCUGGAAAUAACAUAUACAGUGCCUUCAGAAAGUCUUCACACCCUCCACAUUUUGUUGUUACAGUCUGAAUUUUAAAUGGAUUUACGUAAAGAUUUUGUCACUGGCCUACACACAUUACCUGAUAAUGUCAGAGUGGAAAUCUUAUUUACAUUUUAAUUUUUUAAAACAAAUUAAAAAUGAAAAUCUGAAAUGUCUUGAAUUAGUAAGUAUUCAACCCCUUUUAUGGAAAGCCUAAAGUUCAGGAGUAAAAAUGUGCUUAACAAGUUGCAUGGACUCACUCUGUGAGCAAUAAUAGUGUUUAAAAUUAUUUUUUGAAUGACUACCUCAUCGCUGUAGCCCACACAUACAAUUAUCUAUAAGGUCCCUCAGUCGAGCAGUGAAUUUCAAACACAGAUUCAACCACAAAGACCAGGGAGGUUUUCCAAUGCCUCACAAAGAUUGGUAGAUGGGUAAAAAAAAAGCAGACAUUGAAUUUCCCUUUGAGCAUGGCGAAGUUAUUAAUUUAACUUUGGAUGGUGUAUCAAUACACCCAGUCACUAAGAUACAGGCGUCUUUUAUAACUUAGUUGCCAGAGAGGAAGGAAACCGCUCAGGGAUUUCACCAUGAGGCCAAAGGUGACUUUAAAACAGUUUGAGUUUAAUGGCUGUGAUAGAACUGAGGAUGGAUCAACAUUGUAGUUAUCUACAAUACUAACCUAAAUGACAGAGUCAAAAGAAAGAAGCCUUUACAGAAUAAAAAUAUUCAAAAACAUGCGUCCUGUUUGCAGUAAGGCAUUGCAAAAAUAAAACUGCACAAAAUGUGGCAAAGAAAUUAACUCUGUCCUGCAUACAAAGUGUUAUAUUUGGGGCAAAUCCAAGCAUGGUGGUGGCUUCAUCAUGUUAUGGGUAUGCUUGUCAUCAGCAAUGAUUAUGGAGUUUUUUUUGGAUAAAAAGAAACUGAAUAGAGCUAAGCACAGGCAAAAUCCUAGAGGAAACCCUGACUGUCUGCUUUUCAACUGACAUAUGGAGACAAAUUAGGACAAACACGAGGCCAAAUAUACACUGGAGUUGCUUACCAAGAUGACAUUGCAUGUUCCUGAGUGGCCUAGUUACAGUUUUGACUUUAAAUCUGCUUCAAAAUCUAUGGCAAGACUUGAAAAUGACUGUCAACAACCAACUUGGCAGAGAUUGAAGAAUUUUAAAAAGAACAAUCCAGGUGUGGAUGUAUUGACUCAACGGGUUGAAUACUUAUGUAAUCACUAUAUAUAUAUUUGAUGUAGAAUUUAAAAGAAAAAAAAAAUAUAUAUAUAUAUAUUUUUUUUUCUUCAAAUGUUACAAUUUGUCUUCCACUUUGACAUUACAGAGUAUCUUGUCGAUCAUUGACAAAAUAAAUGGCAAUUAAAUAAAUUUUUCAUCCCAUUUUGUAACAACAAAAUGUGGAAGGAGUCUAAGGGUGUGAAUACUUUCUGAAGGCACUGUAUCUUUGCGUGUGGCUAAACAGUAUUUUUUAUUAUUAUUAUUAUUAUGCAUUUGACCGAAUUUUGAUUUGAGCUGAACACUUUUGUCAUAUUCUCAGGCAAAUGUUAAGGCCACUGAAGUUAAUGAACCAAACUAUACUUGCUGUAGAAUGAUUGAAAAUAAGUUGGAAAAAGGCACUUAUGAUGUUUUUGAAGGUGGGUGGGAAAAUUUGAAAGGCAUUGUGUUAGACUCAGCACAAGCACUAGACACUAAACUUCUCAGACUAAACUUCUCAGAUUUUGUAUGAGGUUUAUUUGGAAAUAGAAUUGUAUUGUUUUCAGUUGGAUAGUUGGAAGAAUGGAUAUGGUUCUGAACAUGGAAUCAAACCCAUUUGUAUCUAUUACUAGUAUUAUCUUUAAGAGGCAAUUGAACAGUCUUUGACAGUAUUUAGGUUAAUUCAAUAUUUGCCAACAUUUUGCUUUAUUGGCUCUAACACUAGAGCAUCAAUGCUCUCACGUCAUCCCGCAAAGUUAUGCAAUAAUCUAAAGAUCAACUGCUAUCAGAGGAUAUGAAUACGUCAGGGUUUACUCUGUUAUUUUCUGUUUUGGAUUGUCAAAUAUUUAUUUUACAGAUUAACUUCUUUGUUUUCUUGUAAAGGACAUGUUUUGUCACCUUCAUGUCAGGUGUCAAAGGUCAAUUUAAAGAAGCAUUUCAGUUGUUAAAUUAAGGUACUCUCACAGAGUUUCUAAACCCAGAGGUGCAACAUCGCGAGCUUCCGGAAAACGCUUGCGAAACAGACCAAACAGACUAAGGUGUUUGAGACGUCAAUGGGAGAAGUGAAAUAAUUCUUCCUUAGUAGUACAUGUUUUCUCAAUCUAAAGGCACCACCUAGAUUCGAGCCAAUGUCUUAGGUAGUUGAACAUGCUAUUACUCCAACCUUGUGACAAACUGACACAUUUUAAAUUUUCGUCCAAAACUUUAUAUCAAAGGAGUGCCUUUGAUUUGAUGGCCUUUAGACCCGAUGACGUGUUUCUAAACGAGCUUAGCUAGCCAACGUCGCCGUGACAUCAUCUACGGGUGUGAUUGGGGAUUUCUGUUGGAGAAGCUGUUUUAGCCUGUACUGACAUACGGUACUGUCUUUGGUACUAUCAUUUACCAAGCUGUACUCUGUCUACAUGCAUCUUAGGCACUGAAUACACACUUGGAUAACCGACAUUCAGUAUGUAUGGUAACUCAUGUCUGUUGCUGAAGCAGCACUUGGAUAACCGACAUUCAGUAUGUAUGGUAACUCAUGUCUGUUGCUGAAGCAGCACUUGGAUAACCGACAUUCAGUAUGUAUGGUAACUCAUGUCUGUUGCUGAAGCAGCACUUGUCAAACUAUUAUUUGUUUAGUUCUCAGCUUGUCAUAUUUGUUACCUCCAGUUAAGUUUGCUUCACAAUCACAUGGUUUGUGAAAGAUGAGGAAACCAUCACAUUUGUUGUCCUGUGAGAUGUCAUUUGCAGACUGUUGUACACUCCCCUAUGUAUAUAUUUGGACAGGGAAAGUAAAAUGUUUCAUUUGGCUCUAUACUCCAGAGUUUAGGAUUUAAGAUAAUGUUUUAUAUGAUGCGACAGUCCGUGAUGUCACCUUUUUUAUUUUAUGGUAUUUUUAUACAUCUGUUUUACCUUUUAGAAAUGAAAGCACUUUGUGUCUAGCCCUCUACCCCACCCUGCCCCCCCACCCACCCAUUUGAAGGUGUCAUAAGUAAGGACAAAUUCACUUGUGUCAUUAAAAAGUGUAGUAUUUGGUCCCAUAUUCCUAGCACGCGAUGACUACAUCAAGCUUGUGACUCUACAAACCUGUUGGAUGCUUUUGGUUGUUUUGGUUAUGUUUCAAUUAUGUUGUGCACAAUAGAAAUGAAACAAAUUCAUCCAAAAUGUCUGUACAGUCAAGCUUGAUGUAGUCAUGGCACGCUAGGAAUGUACACCAAAUACUACACUUCUGACAAUUUAAUACACAAAUUGAAUUUGUCCAAAUACUUCAAAUUGGGGGACUAGAUGCAUAAAGUGCAUUCAUUCCUAAAUGGUAAAACAGAAAACACCUUCAAAUAAAAGGUGACAUUCUGUACUGUCACCUCAUGUAAAACAUUUGAUCUGAAAUACAAAAUGCUUCAGUAUAGUGCCAAAUUAGAAGUUUAAGUUUCACUGUCCAAGUACGUAGGGGGAGGUGUCGGACAGCGUGAACAUGUUUUUAACAAGCGGACACCGUAUUCCUGUUGUGAACAUAUCCCGACUGUAAAUAAAAGAUGACACUUUUUAGAAAAUAAACUUUUGUAGUCAGAUUUUUA